UUGUUUGUGGCUCGUGAUGGCUGACUGCCUGACUCCUACACUGAGUACACACCCAAGAUUACUCAAAUAUAUUCUGGUAAAAUCUAGUGAAUUAAAUGGAAAUACUCAGUACCUAACAGUUUUUAGAUAUGAAACGGUCAGCUUACCUUCCUAACUCAUAUGCUGUGCUCUUGAUAUCUCAAUAAACACCUUAUGACCUUAAUCACAAAACUGAUUGUUUAUUUGUUGUCUUUGUUGGUGUGAUUUCCUUGAAGGUCAUUAGCAACAAAAUUUCAUGACAUGUAGACAUUGUGAUUCUACCAAACUAAACGUCAGAUGUUUAUAGGCCUACAUAAAACCUGCAAACCAAUGUUUUUACAUUAGUGGUUACAUUAUGCUAAAUUGCAUACCAUAUUCAAAUAUUCUUAUCUGUGUGGCUAAAUUUGAACGGGACCAUUAAAACUAAUUUAUACUCUUUUUCUUAUCUAAGGUUUCUGAAUGGAGGUCCAUUGAACAAAAUGACUGGAAUGCAUGACUUUUUAUGGACGACGUCAAACGUCAUCUCUACCUCCUUUUAGGCAUGACAUCAUUUUCCAAAGGAACGCAGUGACUAUGAUGCUGCAAUCCUCAGUCUGGGGGGGGGGGGGAAAAGUAUGAAUGUCAAGAGCAAAAGUCUACGAGGAAAAACGUGCAGCAUCACUGACGUCACAUGGUCUUUUUUUGUAUGCCCUCCACGUCUUUUGUGGGUUUUAUCCUUUUCGUGAGUGAGUCGGGAGAAAUUUUUGCCUGCGGCUGAAAUUUUGGCGUUGAGGGGGCCGGGACUGAUCCGCAUAGACGCCUCGACUUUCCUGUUUCCGAUGUGGCAUUUGAACACACGAAGGGCAAACCAACAUCCUGUGGUAGGCUGUAUAGAAGGAGGGGAUGUCCCAAAUCACCUUCAUCCUUGCUGCUAUAGGCAAGUUUUCAUAUACCUGCAACAGCUGAUGGCCUGCAGUUUUCACUCGUGAGCCUCACGAACGGACGUUCUGAACGAACACUCUCUCCCCCCUCAGAAAAGAUAACAACAACAAUUUGAUUCCAAUUACCAACAGGUUUUUAUUUUCGUCCUAGACAAGUCUAACCCAAUCCAUUUGCAAUGGCGUCCAACUACAAUGAAGAGGAUGAAGAAGGACAAGAAAUUAUUCCGGAUAAUUCGGCUUAUAACCAGUUGUGGCAAGAGGCGCUGGAUGUUGAUGAGGAAGUCCAGCGAAUUCUCCAAGAACACGCCUUGCCAAUAAACGAUGACGAGCUGGAACAUGCGGUAGAAGCCCAAGAAGAAGAAGAAGGCGGAAUGAAAAGGACCAUCAGCGAAGAAUCGAUUGACUUUUUCGAUCGAUUCUCCAAGAUCAGCGAACGUGCCAAUACUCAAAGGAUUCCGGCCGGAAGACGUGGUCAGCAGCCGAAUGACAAUGUUGUAGAAGAAGCUUUCGCUCGAGCCGACCGGAUCAACCAGUUGGACCGCCAACGGGGCACCUCCAGUCCUCAAUUGAGCGAUGGAUCGGACGAAGGCGUCCAGGAAUCGGCACCGCAACCGGCGCCCAGAUCUCGACCCAAGUCCCGCGUCUCAACUCCCGUCGGCGGCCAAACUGGAUGGAUCUGGGGACCCGAACUUAUCGCCGGUCCCGAGGCGGAGAAAGUUUACUGUGAAGUGCUCUACAGUCUUUUGCACGCCAUCAGCCGCACUGGCUGUGAUAACAGCAGCAUCGAUCAAGUCUUUGACUAUUUAAAGAGAUCCUUCCAGUUUACCGACGCCAAACACGAUGAAUUGUUGUCAACUGUUCGUCAAAGAACGCCACCAGAUGUCUCGCUGCAGUUGGGCGUCCUCCAAGCGCGCAAUCUAAAGGGCAAGGACGUCAACGGCAUGAGCGAUCCUUACUGUUCCAUAUGGAUUUCGAGCAACCGGCAGAAAUUUCAGGAUACGUCCAUGAAACCAAGGACUUUGGAUCCCGUCUGGAACGAGACGUUGAAUUUUGCGGUAAAGGACGUAAAUGAAGAUAUUUUGCAACUUGAAAUCUGGGAUUAUGAUCCAGAUGAGACAGUCAAGGAAAAAAUGUCGCGUAUUAGUGAAGUCAAAGAUUUUCGCGGAAUGGGCAUCCUACUCAAACAAAUUGCAGUGGCGUCGAAAGCGCCCGGAAAACCGGCCCAUAAAUUCCUUGGAUUGUUAAACGUUGGACUGAAAUCGAUUCCCAUCUCUGGACUGGAACGUUGGUAUCAGCUGGAAGGGCGUGACAAGACCAAAAUUAAGGAACGCGGAGAAAUCCGACUCAAUUUGACCCUUUCAGCCACCCGAACCGAUACGUCGGAGCAAUUUACAUUGCACGAAAGUUUCGUCCAGUACGAGCGAUUGUUGAGGAUCAUCGUGGAACACGAGCUCCGUGCGGAUGUUGAUUGGCGUGGUGUCCUGCCGGACUGUGCGGCUGUAAUGCUCCGCCAAUUCGCCGCUCAUCGAGGACUCCGAUCCUGCGUGACGGAUGCGUGUUCCUGGUCCGUUUACGCCACGGUUUUGCACAAAAGAACCCUGGAUCUUGGAAUGAUGCUGAACUUGGUCCAGCGACUCCGCAAGGCCAUCAACGAUGGUAAACUUCCCGAAGAGGAAUUAGUCAACGUCUUCUGGACGGCCGCCGACUCUUUUGUCGUCGCUGCCUUAUCGGCUGUCCGCUAUUUGCGCAAUAAUUCGGAAUUGAGUACCAAACCGGAACAACUUUCAUUUCUACUCGAGUGCCUUAAGGAACUGAACAAUUUGGGGUCUAACCGGCCAGGAUUCUCUGAACUGCAAGUGCGGAUCGGCGAGGCUGUGACGAUGGGAGCGGCCGAUUGUUUCAGCCGGAUUAUCGGAGGAAGAAGAAAGGGUGGUCCAAUCUGUGACGACGACCGUUUAGAAAAUGCCAUCCGCAUUUGCCAGUCACUUAUGACCGACUUGAAGAAGGUCCUAACUGUCUACCACCAAAUCUUUGAACGGAUUUGGCAAAUUCCAGCCUUCAACAUCGUCUACUCGUAUUACGACGGCCAGUUGGCCGACACUUCCAAGCCCAUGGUGAUCAACGUCACCAAGUCACUCAAGUCCAUUAAUACUUCCAACAAUCAGAUCGUCUCUCUAGCGCUGGAAGCUUCCGGUGAGGUUCCUCAGACUCUCCAAAACGGCCAUGCUAAACAAAACGAAGUUGAUAAUAUCGCGCCACGAUUAUCGAUGGGCACGGCUCUCUUUGAACUUUACCUGUGCCUUCAACAGUUUAACAAAUUAUCAGUUUCGUUGCCCAUGUUGGAUAGGGAAACCGUCAAAUUAGCUCCGUUUUACACUUGGUUCGAAACGGCGGUCGAUCGCUGGCUGGAUAUCGCCCUGUAUAAAGCCAUGAUCCGCAUUGGAAAAGCUGUUCAUUUAGAUAAUCUGCAAACUGUCGAUAGUAUGGUGAAGUAUUCCUCGUCAGCUGUUGAUGCUGUCAGCGUCUUUUAUUCGAUCAAAAUGUUUUGGGAACAACUCGCCUGGCCGGAUGAGAAAGGAGCCUUGUCGUUUGUGAUCAAGAUCAUGGAUGAGGUGAAACAAUCGGCUACAAUUUACGCCGAGGCCAUUCGACUUAAAUUGGAGAGACUUCAUUCCGGUUCACCGACAACUGGUACUGCCCAGCCGUUCUUCAUCUCCCUCAAGAUAUGUUCCGCCAUCAACAGUAUCUUACACGUCCAGCAAUCGAUCCAGCCCUUGGCGGAAGAAAUUGGAUUGUACAGGCUGAGCGACGCUGUCCAACGUAGCGAUAACAACGGUCCAACUCAAGAGACACUGACGGAAAAUGCCAUCAAAGACGUCAACGAAAAGUUGGACGAGAUCUUUUACGCCAUUGCUCGCAGGUUUGAAGUUGAAGUGGCCAGGCUGAUCAAUACUGUGAUGGAAUCGGAUUUCGGUAUGCGUCAAACUGACGAUCUCAACAGCUACAUUUGCGAUCAACUCUUAGCGCUGGAUACCCACCUGGAAAAAGAUGUUUUCGUCCGUGUUUUGAACAUCAUCUACCACCACAUUCUGCAAAGCUUCCUCAACGUUGUCGAGGGAGAAGUUCAGAAAAAGCGUCAACCUGCCUGCUUCCGCCAGUGGAAAGAACUGCUGGAUAUCAUAGAAAACUGCUUCCAUAACCCUGACGCUGACGCGGAAGAAGAAGAGGAUGAAACUCUGACCAAGAUCCGCUGGUUACUCAAACUGCACGGGAUGGAUACUGGCGAUUUGAUCCAUCAGUACCGUCUCGAUCGACUCAAACAGACGACUGAAUCCGGCCAGGAUGUCGGACUUGGUUCGCUGUCUGUCCGGGUCAUCUUUAUCGACGAUGCGCUUAAUAUCGAUAUACUUAAUGCCCGUAAUUUGAAACCGAUGGAUGUUAACGGCUCGGCUGAUCCCUACGUCAAAGUCCAGCUCUUGCCAAUUCAACAAUUUCCCGAUGCUGCUAUACUAAAGAGUAAAGUGCACAAACGUACUCUGUUCCCGCUAUUUGAAGAGAGCUUUACCUAUCCUGUACCAAAGUCGCUGCAGACCAACCCGGAAUGCUGCAUCCUAUUUACUAUCAAGGACAAGGAUCUGAUUGGCGCCAACGAGAUGAUGGGCGAACACUUCCUAGGUUUCCAGCAAAUCACUCGUGGCGACUCCUCAGUCAACAUGAACGAUCUGGAGCAAGUGAUUUUGCCACUUACUAAACCGCUAGAGAAAGAAUCUGAAUUUCUAAACGCACUGGAGGGCCGUACAUGGGAUAAGGCGGCCAAAGAUUUCGCCAAAAAGGAGAAGAAGCGAAUGAGCGGAAAGUGAUUAUUAAUAAAACUGUUUACCAACGAUUUACAUAUUUAUACAUAUACUCAAUGGCGCUCCGCUGAAAUGAAUUUUUCUGUAAAUAUACAUACAAUUCGAGUCAG